GUUGAACAGCUAUAAUAGAAGAUUCCAGUGAUAGUUUUAUUUUACAGUUAUGUAAAAAUAAAGGAAAAAUAAAUGUACACAUAUACCAUUCACUUACAUAUUAACCUUUAAUGUAUUUAAAACGCAGUAACAACGGCUCAUAACUACAUUACAUUCGUACAUAUGCACAUAAAUUAUCUACUUUUGCGGGAUCUUAAGUGGCUUACAUAAUUUACGAUAAAACUAUAUAACUUAAUCUCUCUUAAAUCUCUAAAUUUUUUCUUUGACACUCUCAUGUCGUAUGAAAUACACUUUUUACACAGUUAACUGGAACAGUAAACGUGCAAAAAGUAGAUCAAGUUUAUUUAAUUCUUGUUUAAUAAAAAAAACAAAGUUCUAUCUCUUGUUUCAUCAAAAAUUGUUAUCUGGUAUUGGGAUGUAAUGUACCUACCUUUAAGUGUUAUGAACAGUAUUUACUACUAGUAGCUGAACCAAAUGAUGAUAGAUGACUUACUUAUCUAUCUCUUCUAUUAAAAAUAUAUGUAUAAAACCUCUUAUAAUCGUCUAAUGAGUUUAAAAAUUAGUAAAAAGUAUUUAAACUUGAUUAAUGUAGUAAUAAUUGUUGUUAAUUUUUUUGCUUUGACUUUUGAACUUGAACAUUGAUUGCACUUUUUCCAUUAGGGCGCUUCUUGAUCUUAAAUGAAAUAUAUGUAUGUAUGUAAGCAGUUCCUACUACAAUUUUUUUUUACAUUUCCAUAUGAUGUUCUGUACUUUGUAUGCGUUCGUAGUGGUGCGUUAUCAGCAUAAGCACAAUGUGAUUACAGCUCUAAUUGAUAUUUCUCACUUUUUGUAAUUUUCUACAACGCCUGUCUCUCUUCAAUGAGAUAUUUUUACUGUUGUACGCUGGGUAUGCAAUGCACUUCUUUAUUGAGGCUUUUUUUCCAAACGCAAGUCUUGAAUAUUGCCCCGUUUCUGAAGUGGAGUAAAUUAUCGUUUUUAGGUAAACCAGUCUGAAUGUCAUUGGAAGGUUUACUAGAAUAGCUUUUUGCAGCUUUAAAGCCCUCAAUGAGAUAUUCAAAGGACCGUCGAUCUAAGAUAUAAAAAAAUAAUUGAAAUUCAUCAACAGGAACAAAAGUUCCUAUAAUGUCGGAGGGCGGUGUGUUGCACAUAAAACAGGAGUUGGAUAUCAGCACCUCAUGUUGCAGUCCGAGCACUUCUACCACAGUGGGCGUUAAUCGCUCGAAUUCCUAUUCAAAUGGCACCAGCGGUAGUACAAGCAGUACUAGCAGUGGCAGUGCGAUCAGCGGUGGUGGCACAGGUGGAAAUACAUCAACCAGCGGCAACAAAUCUUCACCUUCAGUGUCUCCAGAACGUCAAUUGUGUAGUUCAACAACAACGCUAUCUGCUGAUUUGCAUAGUGUCACCCUGACGGGAUGUGAAGCAAGUACACCAAUUGCCUUAAAAUCAAAUGAUUGUGGUGGUAACAAUACUAAUAGCAACAACAGUGCUGCAUCAGCUAGUGGUGGCUCAAUACGCGAUGAAUUACGUCGUCUUUGUUUGGUGUGCGGUGAUGUUGCAUCUGGAUUUCAUUACGGUGUGGCAAGUUGUGAGGCUUGUAAAGCAUUUUUUAAGCGCACCAUACAAGGAAAUAUUGAGUACACGUGCCCUGCUAAUAAUGAAUGCGAGAUUAAUAAGCGCCGACGAAAAGCCUGUCAGGCCUGCCGAUUUCAGAAAUGUUUGCUGAUGGGUAUGCUAAAGGAGGGCGUGCGUUUGGAUCGUGUACGUGGAGGUCGCCAAAAAUACCGACGGAAUCCUAUUUCGAAUUCAUACCAAACCAUGCAACUGCUUUAUCAAUCCAACAGUACCUCACUGGAAGAUAUCAAAAUUCUUGAGAUACUAAAUGCGUAUGAGCCAGACACAUUAACGGUGCAACAGCAGCAACAACCGCAUACCACUACCGAAAGUAGUAAUAAUACGGGCACCGGCAAAGCAACUCAGAAUACCUCUGUUAAGUUGGAACAAAAUAAUUGUAGCAGUGGCGGUAGCAAUAGCAACAAUAGUGAAAUAUUGUCUUCCAGUGCACAACCAAUAUGCAUUUUUCAAAAUAAUAAUUGUGAUGCCGAAGAAAUUCUUGCUGUUCUCAGUGAUAUAUAUGAUAAGGAACUGGUAAGCGUGAUUGGCUGGGCCAAACAGUUACCAGGCUUCACCGAGCUGCCGCUGAAUGACCAAAUGAAAUUGCUGCAAGUUUCGUGGGCUGAAAUUUUAACAUUACAGUUAAGUUUUCGUUCGCUGCCAUUUAAUGGACGUCUGUGCUUUGCAGCAGACGUAUGGAUGGACGAAUUGUUAGCUAAGGAAUGUGGAUAUGCUGAAUUCUAUUAUCAUUGCGUACAAAUUGCUCAACGUUUGGAGCGUUUAUCACCACGACGGGAAGAAUAUUAUCUGCUUAAAGCAUUAAUUCUGUCUAAUUGUGAUAUUUUGCUGGAUGACCAAAGUUCAUUACGAGCUUUUCGCGAAACAAUACUUAAUUCAUUGAAUGAUGUCGUAUGCUUGUUACGUUAUGGGUCUGCAGUGUCACAUCAGCAACAGCUGCUCCUCCUGUUGCCGUCAUUACGACAAGCGGACGGUAUUUUACGCCGAUUUUGGCGAGAUAUUUGUCAUGAGGGUAAAAUAACAGUAAAAAAAUUGUUUGUAGAAAUGCUGGAACCAGUGUCCAGGUGAAAAUGUCUUUGUACAAGAUGCAAAUUAUGAGUGUUCUUGUAUAUAAAUAAUUUCCCAGAAACAACACGUUUAUCAAAAAUUUUGGAUAUGGAAACUCAAUUUAGGGGUAGGAAGUUAACUGUUCAGUUGUUCUCCGUCAGUGGCGGUAUAGUGGGGUUUCUGUGGGAGGCUUUCAAGGGUUAAAGUAUCGAAUUUAUUUCUUACAACAAAUAUACAAACAAAAUACUUUGCAAAAAAUCGGUUUUCUUGUUACGCAAUCAGUCAUGCGAAAUAUAAUUCAGUUCACUAGGAAGAAAGUGGGUACUACAAUUGGCUUUACAGGGCUAAAGCAACUACGCUACAGUGUAAUUAAACCAAUACACAAUAACAUUUAGAGAAACGUAAAGUUUUGGAAUUGUUACGUGUCAUAUAGUAGGUUAUUCCUAAAAAAAACUUGCUUUUUUCAAAAAUAUCGUAUAUAUUAUGACAAUAUAGGAAAAGCUUGAUCUUCGGGAAAUUAGAAAAUUUUGAUUUUAGCUGUAUUAACAACAUAUGCAUAAUAUCUUGUGUUGGCAUAUACAUAUGUAUAUGUAUGUACUUUUCAUAAGUUCAUUAAUGAAAAUGCUUUUAAAUGAUGCUGAACUGAAAGCCUUGGAAAAAGAAUUGUAACAUUAUGUAUCUAAAGAUGAAAUGCAAAGUUUUAUUCGGGUUUCUAUACGGCAAAUGGUAUAAUGAUAUAAUAUAUUGCACAAUAAAUCAAAAUACCGGUAAUGGUAUACCUUACGAAAUACCUCCUUUAUAACAGUCAUAUAGAAAAAAAAUUUAAUAAAAACCAAAAUACAUAUAUUUGUAUUGUACAACCCUUAUACAUUAGUAUGUGAGUGAAUUUAAUAUGCAUACUUAUAUGAAUAACAAAUACUUCGUAGAUGAAUUUUUGUAAAUAAUAUAUAAAUUAGCUAGUCACUAAGGGCCAAGUAGCUUUUAAGUGGUAGUAAUAAAGUGUUAGAUAAUAUUUAAUGUGUAGCACAGUAAUUUUAGAAAAUAUAUACAUACUUAUACUUGACAUAUUAACGACCAACUGUUUGCAUAUUUCUGAAAAUAAAAUACAUAGUGAUUGA